CUGCCUCCCGCCGCCGCUCGCCCCGCCCUCUCCCGCCUCGGCCGCUGCCCGAAUCAGCGGGAGGAAGAUGGCGGCGCUCAUCCCCCUCGGCCAGCAGGUAACCGGCCCGGCCCACCCGCCGGGGUUCGGCUGAGGCGAGCCGAGGGGCUCCGAGGCCCGGCGGCUGAGCGCGGCUCGGGGAAGGGAGCGCGGGCCCGGCCCGCUGCGGGUCCUCCUGCCGCGGGAGGUGCAUCCGGGGCCGGGUCGGCGCUGGGGCACAGGCCCGGCGUUUGCCCGCGGCCGGGGGAGCGGAGGGACGCGGCGGGGAGCGGCUCCUGGGCGGGGCGCGGGCGGCGGCCGCUGCGGGGGCGCGGAGGGCUCCGUCCUGCAGGCCGCGCUGCGGCGGCGCCGGGAGGUCGCGCAGCUCCGGGUGCUGUGGGGGCCUCCCGCCGCGGGGCCGGGCUGCGGGACGGGGAUCGCGCUCCGCUUCGCUCCGUCCGCCGGCGGUGGUCGCAUCAGCCGGCGCUCCCGGCUCUUAACGCGCCUUCUUCGGCUGCUGGGAUGUCCUGAGCGUAUUGAACGUCUGGAGUGCGCGAGCAGCGUCAGCGUGGGCGCGGGUCCGCGGGGGAAGGACUCGGGCUGAGGGACGGGGCGUUCCCUCAGCUGCGGGGCCCGGGGCCUGCACGGCAUGGGGCGGUGCUGCUGCUGUCACGGAGUUCUGUGGGUUAAUUUCCCCAGAUAAUUUAAGGCUGAGCAGCGUGAUCGCCAUUUGUUGUGUACGUGAAGAUGCUCAGUUUACUUAUUUUCUCCAAAUGAAAGCAGAAGCCCCAUGAACAAAACAAAAUCUGUGUCGUUCGUAACAGCCGCUGCUGCUAAUUCGUGUUACUCAAACAUAUCCGUUUCAUUGUAGUUGUGAACUUUCAUAGGAACGUGGAACAUCCCGAGCUGGAAGGGACCCCUGAGGGUCACCGAGUCCAACUCCUGGCACCAUACAGGAGUGCCGUUUGUGGCACGGAGAGCUUACCUUUUUAUGAAGCUACAUUACGUUUGGGUAUCACGAAUUUGCCGUGUUCCUUAUAAAGAGAGCACUGCUUUUUCUUAGCUUUCUGAGUAGCAGGAAGGCUCCUGAUUAACAUCUUGUCGUUAAAUGGACGUUCAGAAAAGUCUGACACAUCCAUGAGUGUGCAAACUGUUGACAGAAGUUUUCCAGUGAAGCAAAGCGUUGCAAAACAUCUACAUAAAAUAAUCUCUGGAUUUGAAAGAGUUUGUUGUUGAAUGUGGGUAAAAACGCAGCAAGUGUUUCUUCUACUACAGACCAUGCAGAUUCUGAUGGUAUCAGUCGUAUUUUCUGCUGUAUAACACAGUGCAUUGUCUUGAGGAAAAAAAGAGCCCUUGUGAAUAUAUUCUGUGAAUACAUCUGCUAUGCUGGCGUUAUUUUACAAUUCAUUCGUUGGAAGCACUGUAGUUUUCAAGAGAAAUGCUUCUCUCUGUGUUGAACUGCCAGGAGUACCCUGGCUGUGCUGAGGGCAGCAAACAGAAUUGUGCUGGAAAUGAAUAAACUUCCUUUGUUAAUGGCCUCAAUUUCAUGAUUACUGCAGAGAUACCCACUUGUUAUAAUAAAUGCCUGGAAUGGUAUCAAAAGGAAUAGGAGGGAUUAUACAGCCGUUGUGUUGAAAUGCAUUUACUCAGAUAUAAGAAUGUUGAUGGCAACAUAUUAGGAGCCACGAGCAACAUGUGCAGCUGAGACACGUGAAAGCAUUUAGCUCUAUUUGUUUUAAUACAUGAAUUUAAUUAUAGUGUUCUUCCUGCUCUGUGACGUCCUGUUUUUAGGCACAGUGCUUAACAAGUCUCAGCUGUCCUUGGUUAAGAUGGCUGUGCACGAAGUUUGAGAGCCAGCACAUAAAAUCACUUCUUGGUGUUAAAUAACAAUGGAAACCGGUUUUGUUUUACCUUUGAUAGCUUUAUUAUCUUGAGUAUUUGGUCACCUUAUCUCUAGUCUUUCACUCUGCUGGGCGUGUUUGACUUACAACCUUUGAAAGUCAUGGAGAGUUGCAUUAGAGAUGCUGGAGCAGUUCUGGUGGUUUGGUCGUUGUGUCCUCUGAGGCAGCUUAGGGUACUCAGCAGGUAGAGUCAGGGCAAAGGUGAUCUUUCUGGGGCAGCAGUUGUUGUCUUUUGGCUUUCAUCCUUGUGGGACGGUUGGUUUUUCCCUUUCAAAGUACCUGUUCUCAGCCACCGUGUGAUGUGAUGUGAUGAGAACAGCCAGAAGUUGUGAAGCAGGAGGGCACAAAGCAAAGCGUUCACCUGAUGCAAUGUCCUUUGUGGCCCUGAUGUGACCUCAGCAAAGAGGACUGCUAGGAACUGGUUUAGUAUUAGUUUACUAAUACUGCUAAACUAAUUAGUUUGGUAAUUGUUCUGAUGGCAGCAGCUUACUGCGGCCUUUUUCUCAGAUCUGUGUUAAGGGACGUGGAGAUGUGAGCGUGUACUGCAUAGUGUGAUGGGUAGAUAUGCAGCUAUGCUAUUUUUGUCACUUGAGCCCAUUUUGUCUGGUCUGCUUCAUCACAAAGAUGCAGUCAUUUAGGUAAAUUGGUCAGAAAGGCUUAAUCUUUGUAAAACUGUGCAAGUAGAGAGCAGAGCGAUGAAGUGCUUCCAGCAGCACUUGGGUGAAUUCACAGCGCUGUGGGUGAAACCUCUCAGCAUUAAGCACAUCACCCUGGAUUCCUGCCUCCUCUGUCAGUUUUCUGCUGGGAUUCCAUUGUACGAAACUUAUUACAAACAGGUAGAUCCAACAUACACGGGGAGAGUUGGGGCAAAUGAAGCUGCACUGUUUCUUAAGAAGUCUGGGCUGUCUGAUAUUAUCCUUGGAAAGAUAUGGGAUUUGGCUGAUCCAGAAGGUAAAGGGUACUUGGAUAAACAGGGUUUCUAUGUUGCAUUGCGCCUUGUAGCAUGCGCGCAGAACGGCCAUGAGGUUAACCUGAGCAGCCUGAACUUGACUGUGCCACCUCCUAAAUUUCAUGACACUAGCAGUCCCUUGCUGAUCACACCGCCUUCAACAGAAACUCACUGGGCUGUUAGGGUGGAAGAAAAAGCAAAGUUUGAUGGUAUUUUUGAAAGCCUUUUGCCAGUAAAUGGUUUACUUUCAGGAGACAAAGUAAAACCAGUUCUGAUGAAUUCAAAGCUACCUCUUGAUAUCCUAGGAAGGGUCUGGGAUCUCAGUGAUAUUGAUAAAGAUGGUCACUUGGACAAAGAUGAAUUUGCUGUGGCAAUGCAUUUGGUUUAUAGAGCUCUCGAGAAAGAGCCAGUUCCUUCACUGUUACCUCCUUCUCUCAUACCACCUUCUAAAAGAAAGAAGACGCCUGUCUUUCCUGGUGCAGUUCCUGUUCUCCCUGCGAGUCCUCCACCAAAAGACAGCCUGCGUUCUACCCCAUCUCAUGGUAGUGUAAACAGCCUGAACAGCACGGGGAGUUUGUCUCCCAAGCACAGCAUCAAACAAGCACAGCCAUCUGUGAAUUGGGUCGUACCCAUGUCUGAGAAAGUGCGAUAUGAUGACAUUUUCCUAAAAACAGACACAGAUAUGGAUGGUUUUGUGAGUGGCCAAGAAGUAAAGGACAUUUUUAUGCAUUCAGGUCUGUCUCAGAAUCUCCUAGCACAUAUAUGGGCUUUGGCAGAUACAAGACAGAUAGGAAAGCUAAGCAAAGAUCAGUUUGCACUAGCAAUGUAUCUCAUUCAACAGAAGGUCAGUAAAGGGAUUGAUCCUCCACAAGUGUUGUCCCCAGAUAUGAUCCCUCCCACAGAGAGGAAUACGCCCAUACAGACUCUGUCAGGUUACUUGACUCCUGUAGGAACUGAAAUCUCAGCACUAACAGAAAUGCGUCGUGAUAGUUCAAGUUCUGUUGGAUCAGGAGAAUUUACAGGGGUGAAGGAACUGGAUGACAUUAGUCAAGAAAUUGCACAGCUGCAGAGAGAGAAGUAUUCUCUGGAGCAGGACAUUAGGGAAAAGGAAGACUCAAUUAGACAGAAAACGAAUGAAGUUCAGGAACUGCAAAAUGAUUUAGAUAGGGAGACAAGUAACUUGCAAGAACUUGAGGCUCAGAAACAAGAUGCCCAGGACCGCCUGGAUGAAAUGGACCAACAGAAAGCCAAACUGAAGGAUAUGCUGAAUGAUGUAAGGCAGAAAUGCCAGGAGGAAACACAGGUGAUUUCAUCACUGAAAAUGCAGAUUCAAUCUCAGGAAUCAGAUUUAAAGUCACAGGAAGAUGAUCUUAAUAGAGCAAAAGCAGAGCUGAAUCGCCUCCAGCAAGAAGAGACACAGUUAGAGCAGAGUAUCCAGGCUGGAAAAGUGCAGCUUGAAACGAUAAUCAAGUCUUUAAAAUCAACACAGGAAGAAAUAAACCAGGCAAGAAGUAAACUUUCUCAACUUCAAGAGAGCCAUCAAGAAGUCAAUAAGAGUAUAGAAGAAUAUAAUGAAGCUCUCAAUGGGGUUAAUGGUGGUAGCUUGACAAAUUUAGCAGACAUAAGUGAAGGCCUUGGGCAGACAGAAAGAAGCAAUUAUGGAGCGAUGGAUGAUCCAUUUAAGAAUAAAGCCUUGAUGUUCACCAAUAACACACAAGAAUUGCAUACAGACCCAUUCCAGUCAGAGGAUCCUUUCAAAUCUGAUCCGUUUAAGGGAGCAGACCCCUUCAAAGGCAGUGACCCAUUCCAGCAUGAUCCUUUUGCAGAGCAGCCACCUGCUCCAGCAGAUCCUUUUGGAGGUGAUCCAUUUAAGGAAAGUGAUCCAUUUCGUAGUUCUGCCCCUGAGGAUUUCUUCAAGAAACAGGUGAAGAGUGACCCGUUUACAUCAGAUCCAUUCACAAAACCCUCCACUUUACCCUCAAAGCCUGACCCUUUUGAAAGCAGUGAUCCUUUUACCUCUUCCAAUGUCUCUUCAAAAGGUCCAGAUCCAUUUGGAACAUUGGAUCCCUUUGGAAGUGGCGCUUUCAGUAGUAGUGAAGGAUUUGCAGAUUUCAGUCAGAUGUCAAAGUCAGUAGCUUCAGACCCUUUCACCUCCUCCUUUGGAGGAAUGGGAUUCUCAGAUGACCCUUUCAAAAGCAAAUCAGACACACCAGCAUUACCACCGAAGAAAAAUGUCCCUCCACGGCCCAAGCCACCCAGUGGUAAAAGCACUCCUGUAAGCCACCUUGGGCCUUCAGAUUUUCCCAAGCCCCAUGAUCCAUUCCAGCCGUUUGGGGCUGACAGCAGUGACCCGUUUCAGAGUAAAAAGGGGUUUGGGGACCCAUUUAGUGGAAAAGAUCCAUUUGCUCCCUCCUCUUCAAGUAAAACUUCUAAAGACUCUUCCUUGGGGUUUGCAGACUUCAGCUCUUUUGGAAAUGAAGAGCAGCAGCUGGCUUGGGCAAAGCGUGAGAGCGAAAAAGCAGAGCAAGAAAGACUGGCUCGGCUGCGGAGACAGGAGCAAGAAGACCUCGAGUUGGCCAUUGCGCUCAGUAAGGCCGACAUGCCGAGCUCGUAGGGCUGCUGGGCUCCUCCCCGGCCAAGGGGAACCUUUAAACACAGCUUUUCAGAGAUCCCAAACCCUUGUUCUGUUGUGAAAAUAAUUCUAGUCACCUUCAACUCUAUACAGGACUGCCUGGUUCAAUCCAGCUGGGCUCCGCGUGGCUUUUCCAGUGCGUAAUGUGCAGGAAAUACUGUAUUAUAUGUUGUAGGUAAAAUUACUGCUUGUAAGGAACUUAACAGGAUCCUAAGAUGCUGAAAACAAAGUUUCUUUGUCUUGAAGACAACGUUGCAUAGAGUAAACUGCACCUUGUGAAUCUGGCUUAUUACCUGACUGGUUUUGGGGGCUGCAGUACAGAUUUCAAAGGAAGUGUUAUAAGAAGAUAUUUAUGGAAGUAGCUUUCACUUGCUGCAUUUAGUUAAUUAUUCCUGGCAGGCUGUUGGGUGUUAUCCACAUCAAAGCCUUCAGCACAAAGUCCGUUAUUAGAUGGUCCCUCUUUAUCCUGGACAAACAGCCUUUAUGAAAGAAUCUGGUGAUUUAUAUAUGAUGGAUACCAAUACAGACACUAUCAAGUACUCCAAAUUUAAGAACUGUAUUAUUUAGGAGGUUUUCCUAUUCAAACGCUUGUUUGCAUUGGAUUUUAAUUGUAGGUGACAUUGUAAAAGAUGGAUUUAAUCGUUGUAGUAAGUUGGAGAAGUGAUGGGUUGGCAACUGAGUGACCAGGUAAAAUCUUGCUUUAUCUCAUAUGCAUAUGUGAUUAUGGGAUUGUGGUAAAAGUUUGAGUGCUUCUUUCAUAUAGAGUCUAACGACUGAAUGCUCAGCAAGCUUGAGCUGAGUUCUGCCCUGCAGCUCGUCGUAGGUUGGCUCCAUUUGCCAGAGCAUAGGUUGUAUUAUUUCUGUUAUCCCAUUGAUGUGUGUGAGAGUCUCUACCUCUGUUCCUUGAAUUCCACCUAUCUUAUUUAUGGGGUUGCAGAUCAAAUGUUGCUUAGCUGUGCUAAGGCCAAGGUCGGACGGGCGUUCAUACAUAACUCAUGGAAGUCCUGUAGUCUGGAUUGGCUUUAAAAUGCAGCUGUGGUGCUCAGUGCUUCCACCUGGUAAGGACAGCAGUGUGUUUUACAUGUCCGAUUUAAAUAAGUUCUCAUGAUAAACCUGUGAAUUAUUUUCUUACUAAAAUUGCCUUUUCUGAUAACCACAGGAAUUCUACAGCUUCAGUUGUCUUCACCUCGGGCCUCCAUGCCUAACAGUGCAGCAGGCACUGCUCGAUGCUCUUUGUUCUUACUGAUGCAGCUCUUCUCUUGUAACAUGCCGUUACACUUUCCUGCCCUUGCUUCCUUGCUUUUAUUUCUCCUAACACGAUGACAGUGCCUGUUUACUGAACGAAAGCAGUCUUUCCCUGUUUUGCCUUAUUCUAGAUGCUUUCCUUCACAGAGAUAAUCAGAUUGGAUUACUUUAAUCUUAUUAGUAGUUCUGAGCGUUGGUUCUGAGGCCUUUGUGCGAAGGGGUGAGUGCAUGUUUGUGUGUGCAUCCACACGUGCACAUCUAUUCCUUUACACCUGCAGCAGUACAUCAAACUGAAAGCCCAUCUCAGUGUGCAGCGCUGGCAGUCGCAGUGCUCUGCUGUGUCUCCUGUGCUGCAAACAGUGUGAACCUUUAAUCUGCCUCAGGAAGGGAGAUGAUGCUCUGCAGUACCAAAACAGCCAUAGGGCGACGUCAGUACUUCUUUGAGUGAACCCAUGUGAGCGCAGUGGGAUUUCUAAUCUUACAGAAUCUGCUGUGAGAUCCUUUCUCAUUUUUCUCUGUAAUACAUCAGAUUAAAUGAUCAAACGUAUUAAAACAUCAAUGCAUUUUCUUUUCUGUUGGUUUACAGGACUUAAGGUCUCUGUAAGCAAGCUUGGUCUGUCUGUAGCUAACAUGAGAUCAAACUUGCUGUGAAAGAGUAAUUUUCAUAAUUGAAUGGCUGCCGUGUAGGAAUCUCAGUGAAGUUAAACAAAUUGUAUUCAUGAGUAAGAGUCUCCUUUUCAUUUCCUUUUGGGCAUGAGUCUUUGUAGUGUCUCUUCUGCUAUAAUAAAACCCUGUUUGUAUGUAGUGCCAUUACAGAAAGGAAAACCACUUUUGGAUGCUACUUGGAUGAUGUCACUCCAGUGGGACAGGGUGGAUGAGCUGAACAGCUUGAUUCAUUGUCUGUGUUAUGUACCAUAACGAGACUCCAUGCUGCUUUGUCAGUGCUCAGAAAUACUGUCAUCUGUAAUGCUUCUCAGGCAGGGAUCGGUGUUUUCAGGUUGCUGAGCAGGAAGGCAGAAAUGUGAAUUAAUCUGGCAUUCCACAUAGCGUUGGAACUAAUUGCUCAUUUUCUUGUUUCCUUGUGGACUCAUUCUUCAUGUUUGCUUCAAUAAACAACAGAAGAUGAAGCAAAUCAGUGAGGACAGAACGUGUCCCCUCUGCACUGUAAGAUCUCCUUACCUUCACUUCUCUGAAACGCUUUUUACGCAGAAUUUGAGACACUGAAGUAGAGGAAAACAUAGCUGUGAUUUCUCCCUGUUGUGUAUUUAAUGCAGUUCUCCAUGUAGAAAAGAUGAUUUCCCACGUUCUUUCCCUAUGCCUGUAACUGAGCGUUUUGUAUCAUAACUGCACUUGAUUUUCUAAGACAGAAGCUGUUAUGGCAAGACACUGAUCUCAUUCUUCCUCCAGAACGGUGAAAUUUGAAGCACAAAUAGGCCUUCUGCUAUUUGGGCAGAUACAAUAUGUACAAUGCAAGAUAUAUAAAAUGUGAGUAUACACAAUGCAUAUACAGUGUACAUUCUGAGAUCCAUAUUAUUAGUGUGUAUAUAUAUAAUGUAUUGUAUAAUGUAAUAAUAGUGUGUGUAUAUACUAUACAUGCCCACCUACUAUGCCUAGUAUAUAGUUACUUGUACUGUACAUAAGAUGUGUAUAUACAACAGAUAUGUAGAAUAUGCAUAUAUAUUCUAUAUAUUAACAUUUGUGUGUAUGUAUUCUCUAUAGAAAGAGGGACACAGAAAUGCAAUCUGUACAGAAACACAGCUGAGAUGACAGCCCUUAGAAUUUCAAAGUUCUGGUGAAAGAAAAGAAAGAGGAGGACUGACUGCUUUGAGUCAAUUUGCUUUGAGAUUUCUGUCGUUGGCAUGAGAAGCUGUGUUCACUCAUUGUGCCAAACGUGAGGGAGACCUGGCAGAAAGUGGGUAUCACCUGCACUGGGUGUGAGUUCACCUCCUGCGCAGUGCUUCAGCUCCGCUUUUCAGUUGCUUUGCAGUGUAGGCUUAAUUUCUGAUCUUCCUGCAUGUGUGGGCCAUGUGUUGUCUGUUUCUCAGGCUGCGGCCAUGAUUUUUCCCUACAUUUGCUUGUAUUUUCUUUUUUUGACUUCCCUCCCUCCCCCCAUGUAAAAAAAACCCAACAACUGUUUUUAAGGAGCAGUUCCCCCCCUCACAGCUCACACCUGGAAGUGCUGAGGUGAACGAAGUCUCCUCAUUCCAAUUACACAGAUUGCACACAGUGCUCACCUGGACUUCAGUUCUCUUUUUCCUCCAUUUCCACCUGAGCUGCUCCUUCAGGAGGAACACCAAUAUGUUGGCUUUGGGGAAGGGAUGGAGGUGAUCCGACUUUCUUCUUGGGCAGAUGAUUGGACUGUGGUACACUGAGCCAAACAAAGAGGUCAUUGGGCAUUUAUAGUGGCACGUGUGUGUCUUAUGUGGAGUGCUGUCACUGCUGGAGUGACCUGUGGACAACCAGGCAUUGCACACAGCACUAAGGCACAACAGCUACAGGGAAAGACAGUUCCUCACGUGGAACCUGUGCAUGCAAGCACUGCGUGUAGGACAGGUGCUGAGUUAGGUGUGUUCCCUUAUAGACUGGGCUGCUCACAUCUGCUGUAAAACACACCAGGCAUUCUGCAAUAAAAGCAGGUGCUCGUGAAGUAGUACUGCUAUAACUGCUGUAUGGAGUGGGUUUGUGUUGGCCAACUUUUCCUUCUGAGAUCUCUGCCCUACGAGGACCGUUUGUCCUCUCUGUAUUCGGGGCUCCCGGAGCUGUGUCCGACUGUCACCUUUCUGUUCGCCUUUGGAAUCUGUUGUCAGGAGUUCUGUAGGAAUUAUUUUGUCAUCUUAUGCUGAGAGAUAAUGCACUUUUCUUGGAUUCUUCUUAUAAUCCUUUUGGGGUUACUAUUUCUUCUUUAGUGUUUCUCCAUUGAGAAGAGUAUUUAUUCUGUAGAGCCACGGCCCAAGGAGUUUUGGUCCAGGUAGAAUCGUUGCCUUCCCAACGUGUAGGAUUUGAUUUCUGCCGCCUGCUGCGUUUGGUUCCCCCCUCUCAGGAAUUCCACUUCUCUUUAAUUCAGAUGUUGAGUGUCGGCUCUGUUGAAGUGAUUUAUCUGUGCUGGUAACGUUCCAACCUCUUCCUACACCAGAGGAGCAGUGAAGCUGUUGUGUGUCAACCAUUGCAUCUCACCACAGACAUCUUUUCUUAGGAAGCAGUUUCGCUUGCAGUCUGGUGGAAGAUUUAUUUUUAGAGUAAAUAGGUUGGCUGUUACUCAUUGACACUCAUUGAGGCAUUGUUUUGUCAGUUGAUACACUGCUCUUUUUACUCGAAAGUUUUAUAAAUAAAGGAAAUAAAGGCAAAUUUGUUACAAAGUGGCAUUUUUCUUUUUGCAACUUCUGCUUUCCCCUUCAACUUCCAAAGGAGAACUCGUGGUGAGUGGGGUUGUGUUAGCAUAGCGAGCUCUUCCUGGUGUCCCUUCGGAAUGAUUCUCUUCAGUCUGACCUAAGAAGGGUGGAAACAAAGAGGAAGCUGCGAUGUUGGCCUAAAUUUGACUAAUAUCUCCAAAAAUGUACAUUACUGUAGUUAUAUUUAUCUUUUGAUGGCCGUAACGCAUUGAAAGAAAGGUAUUUUGAUUUUAACCCACUCGUGCUUAUUGUUUAAAAUAAUGAGAGAAAUGUUAUUGUUUAAUAUAAUAAAUGAGAAGUUACUUUUUGGA